AUGAUUGUCCAAACGGAGCCUGGCCCCUUCGUCCAAUGGAUUGAGGAUUACCCACUCCCGGAAGGAGGACUCCUGAAAGGAAUGGAAAUGUACGACGGGAAGGACGAUCCGGACAACCACUUGAAACAUUUCAAUGGUAUGAUCCGGAUGCAAAAGUGGAAAGUCCCUGUGGCAUGCCACAUGUUCGCUUUGACACUGAAGGAUACAGCAAGGGCAUGGCUGGACAGUCUACCGAUCGGGAGUGUAACCAAUUUCGAAGAUCUGAAAGCAAAGUUCAGGUAUAUAGAUGAGACAUCUCUGAUAAGGGGUUUGAGUGAGAAUCAAAGGGUGUCAGGUUUCAUACAUGGCCUGAAAUAUAAAGCAUUAGUAGAAUUCUUGUCCAUGGACUUGCCGGAAACAUACACGGCAGCCACAGACAAAGCACACAUCUUCCUGACAGCCCAAGAGACGAGCGGAAACGUAAGGUAUGCCGGAGGGGAAGACGGAAGAGAUAGACACUGGGGCAAGGACAGGAAAAACCCCAGACAGGAUAGGGGUCGUAGUUCACCCUAUCCGAAAAACACUCACACCCCCUCCACUAGCCACAAUAUCUUGCACACCCCAAGUAAACAGCAGAGGGAUGUCCUGUCGGCAGAAAAGCCAAAACCAAGAAGCAACAUGAAAGGAAGGGAUAUAACAAAGUUCUGCGAGUACCAUGGCACACACGGGCAUGACACGAACGACUGCGCUGUUCUCAGGGGAAGAAUAGAAGAAGCGGUGAAGACAGGGAAGUAUUCCGGUUUUCUGAAAGGAAUACGAGAGUCAAACCAGAGACAGUAUAAGGGAAAACAACCAAUGGCACUUCCGGACGCCAAGCCAGAGCCAUUGGAUGAACCGAUAAACUUCAUCAUCGCAGAAAUAAGGCACCAGGAAAACAGAAUAGUUACACAAGAGGCAUGGAAGUCAGCCGCAAUAAGUUUCCCCCCAAUUGAGGAGAAAGAAGCAUCUGAGGCACCUAUUAUGAUAAGUGCAGUCAUAGGAAGUCACCCGGUGAAAAGGAUUUACCUGGACACUGGGAGUAGCUGUGAAAUCAUGUAUGAUCAUUGUUUUCAGAAGCUAAAGUCAUCUCUAAAGCAACUAAAAAAGGAUUGCCCCAGUCCUUUGACAGGAUUCUCUGGAGAAAGGUCAUGGUCCACCGGAGAAAUAACAUUACCGUGCACAGUAGGGGAAGGCCAAAAGACAAGGACGAAAAUAUUGAACUUUGUCAUAGUAAAAGCUGCAUCGCCGUAUAAUGUCGCUUUGGGAAGGACAGCAAUGCGUCGACUUGGUAUCAUAGCAUCACCAAUACACGCCAUGGCAAAACUCCCAACACCCUACAGGGUCAUUUGUAUAAAGUCCGAAGCGGUCACGGCGAACCAGGUCAGCAUAGUUGAAAACAGGAAAACGGAGGGAGAAACUGAAGCCAGUAAGCAGGUAAGUGCUGUGGAAGAAACAGGAGAGAAAAUUUUCAUUAAAAGCGAACACCCGGACCAACAUAUCUUGGUCGGAAAAAAUUUACCGGAAGAAGUAAAAGAAAAAUUGAAAGAUUUGUUGAAGAGAAACAAAGACAUCUUCGCAUGGACCCCGACAGACAUGACCGGAGUCCCGUGA